AUGGUCGCCGAUUCCCUUUCGCAGAUCCUGUCACAGGUGAUAGACGACGUGAGUUUCUCCCAGACACAUACGGCCAGCGAUGACUUCAGGGUGUACCCGAAGUCGUCUAUCGACAGCGUUCACACGCUCCAACAGGAGCAGCGAAAGCGCGUGGAGCAGACGUAUGGUGCACGCGCACCGUCCCCUGAUUUUCUGGGCUCCCAGCUGCUGGCGGAGUACCGCGGCGAGGCAGCCUCGCUGCAGCUCGCUAAGGAAUCCGGGGACCCCAACUUUCCGACCUCCAUUUCUCGCAUGACGGGCGAGCAGAGCAAGCAGUUUAAGAAAGACAUGAAGCAGCGUAUCCACGAGUGGGAGGCUGCGGUGCGGAAUGCAACGGGGCAAACAGACGUCUACCCGGACCAGAAGGCCUCGCUGCGCUCCAUCUACGAACUCUACCGCGCAACCAAGAUGAAGGUACUCGGGGCGGAGUCAUCCGUCGCAGGCAGUCGCGAUGGGUCGCAAAGCGCCGCUGCGCAGGCUGCUGGUGCAUCGUCGGCGCCAGCUUCUUCAGUUGGUGGGGCCAGGGCGGAUAGCACUCGCCUGAGCUCCUCUGCUGCCAAGGAUGGCACUACAGGUUUUGCUAGAGCGUCGUUGGGGACAGCAACCGCUGCUGGCGGUGGCAGUGACUGGAUUAAGCGCAUUGAAAGGGUGCCGCUGGGCACCGAGGACGUGUCGACGAUGCCUGAGGACGCUUUGCAGACGGAGAAGCGCAGCUUGAAGCAGGUGCUGCACCGCUUUGAAAGCGACUUUGAGAAAUACAACGGCAUGCGUCCGGGCCGGCAUGACCGCCACGGCUUCACUGCAGAGUACCACCGCUACGGUGAGCUUAAGAACGAGCUUACGCGCCGCUCGCAGAAGAAUUAG